GUACACCUAUAACUACGGUUCAAACCAGUACACAGUAAACUUGUGGAUCGUAAACAUGGCCCUCCCGGAAUACUUUGAGUUGAGCAAUGGUGAUCGCAUGCCGAGGAUCGGCUUUGGAACAUGGCAGGCCUCCGAUGAGGAAUUUGAAAAAGCCGUAGAUGCAGCCCUAGAAGCAGGCUACCGUCACUUCGACUCUGCGCGAGCUUACGUGAACGAAGCGUCCCUGGGGCGUUCCCUGCGCCGGUGGAUCGGAGACAGCCCUGCCAGGAGAAAGGAGCUAUUCGUUGUCACCAAGUUGCCACCUGGAGGUAAUCGGCCCGAGCUAGUACCAGAAUACUUCAACGCAUCAUUAAUGGACCUGGGGCUGGAAUACGUGGACCUGUACCUGAUGCACACGCCGUUCGCGUUCGAGCACGUGCCGGGAGACCUGCACCCGAAGAACGCUGACGGCUCCAUGAGGGUGGACCUCACAACUGAUCUCAUCGCUGUUUGGAAGAGCUUGUUGAAACUGAAGGAGUCCGGCGCAGUACGACACGUCGGAGUCUCCAAUCUGAACGCAGACCAACUCGCCAGGAUUUGUGCUGUGGAGAAACCGGCUUGCCUGCAGGUGGAAGUACACCUGCUGUGCCAGCAGACGGCGCUGCUAGCCGAAGCCAAGAGGCUUGGCGUGCCCGUGGUCGCGUAUUCGCCGCUCGGCUCCAAGGGCCUCGCCGACAUGCUAGCUGAAAUGACUGGGCGGUCAUACCCCGACCUGAUGACGUUGGAGCCAGUGACCCGGACGGCGGCGGCGCACGGGCGCACUCCCGCGCAGAUCCUGCUCCGGCACGCGCUGCAGCGCGGCAUCGCCGCCAUCCCGAAGAGCACCAACCCGCAGCGGAUCAAACAGAAUAUAUCGGUGUGGGACUUUGAGCUGAGCGCUGCAGAGAUGGCUGAACUGAACGCGUUGGACCGCGGCGAGGCGGGACGUAUCUGUGACUUCAGCUUCUUCGCGGGCAUCGAGAAACAUCCCGAGUUCCCCUUCAAGAAGUAGCCUUGCCGUUGUGAACCGUAAAUACUAGGUGUUAGGGUUACUUUUACUUCGAGCUGAGCACCUCGGGGAUGGCAGAACUAAACGCAUUAGAGCGCGGUCAGGCGGAACGUA